GUAUCAAUACACACGAUUUGUUACGACUUACGUGUCACUCUCAACACAUCUGUAUAUAUUCGUAGUGUAAAAGUCUUUAUACAUUUGUAAAGUUUGUGUGCCUUGAUUUCGGUUAAACAAAAUGCCUCGUCAAGUACCUCAACGCUAUGGAAUUGACCCUCCCAAGCAGUCAUGCCUGUGUAAGUCCCCCCAAAAACUGUUUUACUAAGCCAAAGAAUGCACGCAGUAAAUACCGCCCGCAGGCAAGUCAAAAUUGGAUCAACCUGUUGAACUGAAGAACCCAUUGCAGUUCCUGGAGCGCCAAAGUGAUGCGAAACUGGUCGUGCAUUGGACUCGCACCGAAGGACAAACCGGAACCCAUUCACCCAUUAAAUUGUUGCCUCCUUGGUAGUGCUGUGUGACGUGCCAAACUUGCAGACUUUUCGGUUGCUCGCAAAGAUGUGUAACAGUCAUUAAUAAAAUUACUUGAUAGUUAAUUUUCGAUCACGAGA